AUGCGCUUCUCUCGCCCGGCCUCCCUGGCCGCAUGGCUUGCUGCUGGAAUCUCGGUCGCUGAAGCUCAGGCUCAGUUCCUGGUCGAUCAACUCAGUUUUGGCUACACUGGCCGGAUAAACGACAAGGGGCAACAGUCCGUCCCUCUCUUCUCCAUACAAGGCGAACCCGACGUACCAGAGAUCCUCUCCAACAAAAUCAUCCUCACACAACCGUCGCCCGGCAAUGCCAGAGGCGCAGUCUGGGGAGAUAAUUCCAACAAGUAUAAGGAGUGGGUGGCAGAUGUCGACUUUCGCGUAAAUGGCCCCGAGCGAGGCGGAGGCAAUCUCAAUAUCUGGCUUGCGCGCCGCGGUGUCCAGGACAUUGGCACCGCGAGCAUAUACACUGUUGGCCGUUUUGAUGGUCUCGCUCUCGUUAUUGACCGGUCUGGCGGAGGGGCGGGUAUGGUUCGAGGUUUCUUGAACGACGGCACAACCGACUACAGCUCGCACCACAGUGUCGACAGUCUGGCGUUUGGACAUUGCGACUACAGCUACCGAAAUCUGGGCCGCCCAUCGCAGAUCAAAUUGCGCCAGACGCAAGACAACUUCAAGGUGGAGGUUGACGGAACUCUCUGCUUCGAGAGCAGCAAUAUCCAAAUCCCUCCGGGAUACAGCUUUGGUCUUACUGCGGCAAGCGCGGAAAAUCCAGACUCGUUCGAGAUCUUCAAGUUUGUUGUCAUGACUGAGGAUCUCAACAAGCAGCACGAAGAGCCAACGCAGCAGCAGAUGAAUCAGCAAGGCCAGCAACAGAACACCUGGAGCAACCCCGGCGGUCACGGCUACGAGAAGAACAUGCCAGUAGACGACAAUGGGUGGGAACAGGACAUUGCAGAUGCUACGGCUGCCUCGAUUAUAAGCUCCGAGGCCCAAUUUGCUGAUCUGCACAAUCGACUUCAAAGUGUCAACCAUCACCUUUCAACCAUUUUCCGCAAAGUCGCAUCUCAAGACAGCAUUGGUGAGAAGCGCCACGAGGAGACGUCGACGUCCAUCAACGAGCUUAAGCAAUUGCUCGAAAAGCUCAACAAGAUCGAUGCUCUGCAGAGCCACAUUGUCAGCCUUGAGCGAGAGAUCAAGACAAUCAAGCAGGAGACAGGCAACAAGGUCAGAGAUUCGGAAAAUGCGAUCAAGAAGAUGCUAGGCAGCUCCCAUGGGGAUAUGCUCUUGCACGUUGCCGAAAAGACGCAACCAACACACGGAAAAUUGAUUUUCGUCAUCAUUGGCAGCCAAAUUGUGCUGGUACUCGCAUAUAUCUGGUAUGAGCGCAAGAAGACACUGCCCAAGAAAUACCUGUGA